CACUACUCUCUCCUUCAAAACUCAACCAACCAUACCUUCUUUCUCUCUCAAGUCACAAACAACUCGCUCCAAAAAUAACUUCUAGAUCUACCUCCCAACUCCAAUAUAUACUCAUCGCACUAAUCUCAUAAACCCUCAAAACUUCUUCUUCAUCUUCUUAUCGAUCAAAAUGAUCUCAACUCCGAAGUCAUCAAUCCAAAUAACAAACCCGAGCACAAUCUUCUACCAUCAACAACAACAAUCCGCAACAACCAACUGCAGCUUACUUCAACAACGUAUUCCAACAAUAUCAUCUCCAACACCAGUGCCAGAAGCAGUAUCUAAACACCACACACAUACAAUAAACCCAAACCAAUGUUGUUCAGCAGUAAUUCAACAAAUUAGCGCACCAGUAUCAACAGUAUGGUCAGUUGUACGAAGGUUUGAUAAUCCCCAAGCGUAUAAACAUUUUGUUAAAAGUUGUGAUUUGCUUUUCGGCGACGGUAAUGUUGGAACGUUGCGACAAGUUCAUGUGGUGUCGGGUUUACCGGCUGCUACCAGUACCGAAAGACUUGAGAUUCUUGAUGAUGAAAGCCAUGUGAUUAGUUUUAGUGUAAUUGGUGGCGAUCAUAGACUUGAUAAUUAUAGAUCUAUUACUACUCUUCAUCCUUCAUCUAACGGUUGUGGAACUGUUGUUGUUGAAUCUUACGUUGUUGAUAUACCACCUGGUAACAGCAAAGAUGAUACUUGUGUCUUUGUUGAUACUAUUGUCAGAUGCAAUCUUCAAUCAUUGGCUCAAAUUGCUGAGAAUUUGAAUGCAAACGAUAAACAGGCAUCAAAAUGAACAGAAAACCGGUGUUAUUUCCUGCUCUAAUGGAAAGAAAUAACUGUUUGACGUUCGGAUACGUUCGAUUAUAUUGGAAUGAAUCAUGAUCGUUUGAUUUGUUUUGUAUAAUCAGGCUGGUCUCAAAGUUAUGAUAUUCUUCCAUGAUCGAUGAGAAGUUGGAUUGGAUUGCAAAAUUAUGUCGAUGGAGAAGGUAACAGUAACAUUUUCAUUUCCUGAUAUGUUACGUUACAUGGUGAUCGUCGCGUUACAAAACUGAUCUUGUUUUUUUUCUUUUUUUUACGGUUUUUUUUCUUUUUUGGGGGGUUUACAUUGGGGGUAUUUUUAGGUGAUAAUAAUGACAUUCAGCAUUGUGAAUUCCACCAUUUUGUGUAAUGUAGUUCGUUUUCUGAAAUGCAGAAAAAUAAAACUUCGUUGAAUAUUUCUAA